CGGCUCUGCGCAGUUACAGUGCGCAGUUACGGAAGCUGAGGAAUUUGAUCACCCAGCUAGCUCUCCAGCUUAUCAAAAUGGCCAGCUGGGGAAGGCUCUCCGCGGUUUUGAGGACUGUUUUGAGGAGUCCUCAGUCUCUGAAGAGUUUAGCUCUGCGCCGGGCUGUCGCUCCUGGUGUUUUGGGCUCUGUAGUCGGCGCUGGACUCAUCUGUUAUUAUCAGUAUCAUGCUAAUAACAGGACUCUGCCCUUUGCUGUUCAUGCCGAGGAGCAAAAAGUGAGUACACACACACGAUUAAAGUUCAUAUUUUUAGAACAUAUCGACAAGAAAUAUGAACACAGUGACUUCCAAAAGUCUGCACUUGUAAGUUACACUGCUUAAUGUCACUAAAUAUCCGUUUUGUGGACACAUUUGUGUAAAGAAAGGGCGUGAAUACUCAGGCAGAAGUUAAACACAAACGCCCCCCAGCUGUGACUGACAAUAACCAGGUUCAUUAUCAUGAAAAAUCUUAUUAGACGUGUUUGAAGUUAAUAAUAGUGAUCUAUUUUUUUCUAGACCUUCAUUUAUACUAGUUUUAUGGACAUUUUACAUGUUGUAAGUCAGUCAUAUUUAGGGAUGCUGAAAAAGGCAUUGAACAAGGUGACAUGGUGUAUGUUAUAGUAUGUUAUGUACAGUACGUUGUAUGUUUUGUUAUGUCAGUUUAGCAUUAGGUCCCUGAGGUUAUAACAGCUUCUCCAGCUUUAACAGACACCCCAGAUUCACAGGCCAUGACACAUGAGCAGUUAUUGUUACUUUACAGGAUACAUUUAUUUAUGUUACAAGUGACUGAUGACAUGCAUUUACAGUUCUUUGUAUGAGAUGUCACCAGUCUUUUAACAGAGACCCUGGUCUACAGUGUUGUCCAGACUUCACUGGUACAAAGUUACUGAUGAUCAAAUUAGGAUUUUGUUUCUUAACUCAUGUGCACAGAGUCAGAUCAGGUGUUUAAAUAGAAUAAUCUACUGACCCUCAAAACUGUAGAAACUUCAUAUGAUACUAAUUUAUCUGACAGAAUGAUCAGUCAUCUUUGGUUACUGUGACUUUGUUGAAACCCUUGUGUUUUUCUCCAACCCCUUUCCAAUCCAAACACAGUCUCAGCAGAUGAGUGUCUAUCAUGAGUCUGGUUCUGCACGCAGUUUCUGCCUGUUGAAGAAACGUAUUCUUUCCACUUCAACUUGUUAAAUGCCAAAAGUGCUCUGCUCUUGGUCGAUCUUUGGAAAACAUUUGCCAAACAAAGAGAGAUUGAUUGAUUUAUUGUGCCAGAGACAGAGUAACAAAUCGCCUGUGAGUCGUAUCGCUCUACAGUACAUAGUAGAAACAAAUUACAGGCAGUAAAAGGACCGAGUCUUAUCACAGAUAUUUGUGUAAGACACAUAAGUAUCUCAUUAAAAGAAUAAACAAAGGUUUAGUAGGAGAUGGCUUUAACUGUGUCUGAUUUUAGAUUGUGCCACUGUACACUGAUUGACCCAACUUCCUGUCAGUGUUCAAUUUAGAUUUGAUUAGUUGUGUAGAAAAUUGGACAAAAAUUUAAUUGUGCCCAUGAUGGUAAAUGUUUACAUGGUUCAGUAUAGUACAGACAGGUCUUUUCAUUGUUGCUGUUUUAUUUCUCUUUCUAUUUUAUGUUUUUUAAGAUCAUUAUUUGACGCUUUUUUAUGUUGCCAUCAAUGAAGCAUCUUUACAAGGGUCAGUAUAGUACAGUGAUGUAUUUUUUUUAUUACUAUUGUUUCAGGAAGCUGCAGUACCACAACUGUCUGCCAGGAAGGUCCGCUUCAUCCAGUUCGCCUCAGUGACGUACGAGCAUGAGCCCUACAUGACCCCCAGAGACUUUCUGUACUCUGUCAUGCUGGAGAAUGUGGACCGUAAGACACACCAGUUUUAUUGACAUAAUUUACUGACACUGUAUACAAUGGAAAACCAGUUUGCCCUUAAAUUAAAAAAGAAAGAAAGAACCAUCUUGCCCUAAACUGCAAAAACACAAGCACACAGCAUACUGAUUUCAUACUGACUGUGAGCUCUCACUCUGUUCUUUAUUGAGUAUUAAAAUUAAGUGAAUGAAAAUGACGUGUUUUAGCUUUCAUGGCCACUUGGUAGAUUUCAACUCUGUUGAGCACACAAAGGUCUUGUGAGAGAAUUUACAUUUAACUCUGUCUUCCCUGGUGGAGUGAUCUUGACUUGGUGUGAGAGAGGAUAUUGUAUGUAAUUAGUAAUCUGAAAACAAAUCUCUGUAAAAUGUAACCCUUAUUAAAAAAAAGUUUGAAUGCUGUGUGAUAAAAAUCUAUUUAGAUUUUUCCCAAAACAUUUAAACUACAUUUACUUAGGAAUAGUGCAAAGAUUUCAGCUGCUUAACAGCUCAGGGACGCUGUUGCCAAUUCUUUUUUAUUACAUUGUGCACCAAAUGUAUUCAAUGAGUCAGGACUGCAGUCAGGCCAGUUUAGCACCUGGAUUCUUCUACUACAGAGCCAUGCUGUUGUAAAACUUGCAGAACGUGUGUUUUGUUUUGUUUUGUUUCCUCAGUAAAGUCAGAUUAUUCAAACAAAGCUGAAUGAGAGGAUCACAAGCCAUACAGACCAAAUCCUCACGUUUAUUCUUGGGACUUUUUAACUGAUCUGCAAAUCUGUUGUGUUUAUUCUUCUUUAGGAAAGCUGCAGAAGAAGGUUUUAUCAGAACAGGUUUGUUUACAUUAUCAGUGUGUGUAAAUAAAAUCAAUAAAGUGCACCUGUAGAGUGCUAUGAUCUGUUUAAGCUGAUUGUUGUUGUACUGUGUGUGUUUCUGCAGGAAGUUACCCAAAUGUUAAAAGCUGCCUCUAGAGCUCGGCCUGGGAAUGAUCUGUUCAGGAACCUGGGGGACAACGGUGAGUUACCACAGUGUGAACAGAGAAAUAUCAGCAUACUGGACCUUCAGAUGUUCUUAUGAUCUGUUUCUGACUCCUUUAGAGGCAGCUGUGUGUGAUAUCUUCAAAGUGAUCUGGUCUGGGAUGUGUUGUGUUUCCGUUAAUGUUGAGUUUCAUCAGUGCAUUCUUACUGAACUAAGGAAUUUUAGUUCAUUAAAUAUCUGGAUGUAACUUUUGGUUGUUGAUCAGUUAAAUGCAAAGUAAAUCACUCCUUUUUUUUAGUGGUUUACUAUAUGCCUUUGACUCCUCUUAUCUCACAUCACUGCAUCUCUCAAAUCUGUAGCUGAAUAGAUUUGUACAGACAUGUAAGCAACGAGUGAAGAUUUUACGGCUGAGGAUGUACUGCCAGUGUUUCCUAAAUAGUGGACAGUACCUUGGCAGUCUAGCUUUCAUGUCGUAUUACAUUCUAACAUAUUGUAUCAUAUCAUACCAAAAUGUAUUGUUUUAUAUUGUAGUAGUGCUCAAUCCCAGUAGAUGAUGCCAAACAGAACAAGAGAUUUUUGUGGUUGCUCCUCUAACAGGAAAAUAUAAAUGAUAAUACAUCAGAUGUUAUAGCGCUUUAUCAGACACCCCCAAAGCACUUUACAUUGGAUACAUCAUUCAUUCGUUCACACAGUCACACCUUGGUGGUGGUAAACUACCUUGGCAGUCACAGCUGCCCUGGGGCAGACUGACGGAAACACGGCUGCCAGUUUGUGCCUACGGCCUCUCCAACCACCACCACACAACACUCACAUUCAUACACCAGUGGAGGACACACACUGGGAGCAAGGUGGGUUAAGUGUCUUGCCCAAGGACACAACAGACAGACUUGGGAUAGGGGGGGAAUCGAACCGCCAGCCCUCCAGUUAUUGGACAACCACUCUACCUCCUGAGCUACUGCCACCCAAAAAUCUCAUUUUCAUGGUCAGUCGACAUAUUUAUUGAUUGCUCUUAUAUUUGUUUUGUCCUACAGGUCUGAUAUCCUACACAGAGUAUCUGUUUCUGCUGACAAUCCUGACCAGUAAGUAGGUUUCUGAAUCUUGCAUGAGCGCGAGGGUUUUUCAGGGUUCCCCUUUCUGGGUAACAUUGUGCUGAAUGGAUUUGCGGGAUAUUUUUAUGCCUUAAAAUGUUUGCAUUGUCAUCAGUAAGCACACUUUUAUGAAUGAGUUUGCUCACCUGCAUUUGUAAGGGGCUAAACAGUCUCUCUGCAGCUGUUGACCUGGUUUGUGUUUAAUUUCUCAACACUGUUUUCCAUUCCGUGUUGAGAAAUUCUUCUUUUUCCUGCUAGCCAAAUGAACGGAUAAGUGCCUCACUGACUUGGGAUAUUUUAGGUUUAAAUGUAUUGAUAAUAUAUCAGUGUAUAAUAUGACAUUAUUACACUUGUUAUGGAUUCAUGUUAGGGUUUUCUGUUGCAUUCAGAAAGGGUUGAGAUGACUGACAGAGAAUUGCUUGUUGCAGAGCCGCGCACAGGAUUUCAUAUUGCUUUCAAAAUGCUUGAUGUUGAUGGAAAUGAGCAGGUGGACCAAAAGGAAUUCCUGAAGGUAAGAUGUUUGAAGUUCUUUGGGUUUUUAUUGAGAUGAUUUCUGUAGUACAGGGGUAAUGUUGACUGUUCACUUUAUUUUGAAUGUAAUCCUGGGAAAACGUGAUUUUUUUCUCUUCAUGCCAAUGUAAAUGUGUGCAUUUAAACUUUAAAUAAUCCCACCUUUAAUGCUGCCUGAAGCUCUGAAGCCAGCCUCGUCGUAAGUAUGAGAUUUGAAGGUGAGGUGGAGCUGCACUGUUAGCUGCUGUAGUCUGUUUUCCAUCUGUCAUGUGUUUGCAUCUCUGCAGCCUGAGUCAGCCCCCCAGUGUAGUCCAGUUAUUUAGAGUCAUGUGACCUUUCAGCCGGACUCUGCCAGAGUGAUGACAGGAGAAAUCCUCUGUGUGCUGAGAUCAGGCCUUAGGCUGCUAGACUGCAUGUUGGCACGCUAUGAUGCACUCUGUGGCGUAUUUACAUGUUAUGACUUGGUGCACAUGCCUCAAAAUAAGAGAGCAUGGGUUCUUGUCUGCUCCAGUGUUUUUUCAUUACUGACAUAGAUAAAUGAUUUAUCUCUGAUCUGCUCAAAGCUCAUUUCUCUUUAUUUUUUUGUGACACAACUCCCUUCACCAAAAAAAUUGUGAUGCAGUGCAAAGAUGCGGAUAGAACAGAGUGUGAUGAUUUGCAAAACACUGACAUCUUGUAUUUAACUGAAACCAGCACAAAGACAACAUAUCAAGUGUCAAGUGGAGAAAUGAUUUUGUCUUUGGGAUUGUAGUUUGAGUAUCAUGCUAACAACUCUUAUAAAAAAAAUUGGGAAGUGCCAGAAACAGACUAGAAAAGUUCUGUAAUGCAACAAGAAAACAAGGAAGUGGAACACAUGCCAUAAUGAAUUAGGUGAACUGUCAAUAAACAAGGGUGGAUAUAAAAAGAACAUCCCAGAGAGGCUGAGUCUUUCUGAAGUACAGAUGGAGAGAGGUUUACCACUCUGUGAGAGACUGCACUGAUUGACAGUUCAACACUGUAAGAAUGACGUUUCUCAAGGUAAAACAAGGGGAUUUCCUCAUCUACAGUACAAAAUCAAAUCAAACAAUUUAUAAAGUGCUUUUCAUACAAAGGAUGUAACACAAAGUGCUUUACAAUCCGUUAAGAAAAACGAAAAAACAAAAAGUCACAUACACAAUCUCCCCUAAAGCCACACACACAGGCACACACACCAACACAGCUGUACGAAUGGAUGCUAAGAUAGUGAACAUGAGGUUGAGUACAGGUGAACAGUUAAGAAAGCGCCAUCAACACCAGGAGCAGAGAGCCACCCACAGCCACAGGGCCAGAGGAGAGAUGUGGCAGACACCGACUGGCCCCUACGACCACAGCUGACCACCGCGGUGCUGAGGGCUCCCCCAGAGGAAACACUGGGGGUCAUAAAAGUAAUAAAAGGAUAAAACAAAUAAAAACUAAGAUCUGAAUCUUUAUCUAAAACCUCAAUCAACAUUGAAAACAGACAUGACUCGGUUGUGGAAAUCACGACAUGCGCUCAGACAUACUUACAAAACCACUCCCUGUGAACACAACUCAUCAUUGCAUCACAGACCCAGGAUUCAGGAAUGCUGGAAACUUAUCUGGUCAACAUUUGUGAUGGCAUGGGGGUGCAUCAGCACCUACGGCAUGGAUAGUUCACACAUUUGGGAAGGCCUCAUUACUGCUCAACAUUAUAAAAAAGGUUUGAAACAAAGAUGGUGCCACAUAUUAACACAAUAUUCAGAAGGGUAGUAUGAGACCUUUCAGCAGAGACAGUGGCAGAGCUAGAGUUUUUUGACUGGGGUGGCCAAAAUGGGGCACUGACUUUCUGUAGGGCUUACACCAAACCCAAUAAGUUUAUCUCCAUUAAUGCGUUUACUUUAACUUCCAAUAACAGCAUAGUUUGAAGUUUUAUUUUUGUAUAAACUUAUUAACAUUGAUGGGAAACACAAUACAGAUUAAAUUAAAUUAAUAUAAGGUUUAAUUAAUUAAACCUUUCAAAACUCCAGAAGAAGUUCUCAUUAAUAGUAUCAACAAGAGAAAUGUAAGAACUGCAGACCAGCUUCCGGCAGCCUGUUUUUAGGAUUUCCGGGUUGCCACUGGAGUGACCAAUCAGAUUUCAGUGGUGAUCAUAACCACCACCUGGCUCUGCCUCUGCAGCAAGACAAUCUCAAACCACAUUCUGCACUUUUCACAACAGCCAGUCUGAGCAGCAUGUAGUGAAAGAGUCCUGGGGCUGAACUGCAGUCCUGACCCAUUGGAAGUUUUGUUGCUUUAUGACAGAUAAAGUUAGACUAAGGUGACCCCUCUUUAGCAACUGAUCCUCUAUCAGGCAAAAAUGGGAAAGCUCAACUUUGAUAGUGAAGUCAAUCAGCCUCCAAAUACUUAAGUAUUGUUUUGAGAGGAAGUGAUCAGAGAGGCCAACAUGCCUCUGUCCCAACUGUUCGAGAUAUGUCGCUUGCUUGGAGAUUAAAAUAAGCAAGUUUUGAAAUGUUCACUUUUGAUGUUUGAUCAGUUGUCUUUGUGCAUUUUUUAAUUUGAAACUGGAGUUUCAAUGUUUUGCAAAUUCAAGCAUCCUGUUUCUAUAUACAUGUUACUCAACAUUCAAACUCUUUUGGACAUGAUAACUUAUUAGAAAAGUGUUGAGAUUAUGACUUUAAAAUUUCCAGUUAGAGAAUUUGAGUUUAGUGUCUCUUUCAUAAUGCUGACUCUCCUUUCUAAUGCAUGUUUUCUGCUUCUGUAGCUGAAAAAAAUCAUUGGGAAAAGCAAAAACAGAGUUCAAAAGGAUGGCACAGAGGUGAGUAUUUACAUUUAACACAGUAUCUGACCUGUGUUAAUAUUUGUGAUACAUCACACUGUUCUGCUUCAUUUGUGGAUGUUUACAGGUUCCAGCAGAGGAAGGAGACGGUGUGAACACGACACUGCAGGCCUACUUCUUUGGGAAAAGGGGAGAAAACAAGCUGCAGUAUCAGGAUUUUCGCAGGUGAGUGAAAGGUCAUUUAUGAUAAAGCAGCAUUCAUACGUAAGAGGUAUUUAACUGACACAGGCGGACAUCAAAGAUACAUGAGUAUAUGUUUGAAUGUUUCACAGUAUAAGGGUAAUCAAGAGAAGGUUUCUUAAUGGGAUAGGAAAAAAUUCAGCCCUGACAUUUUUGAUCUGGAUUCCCCCUGAAAAUCUGUUUGUUAAAAAAAAAAAAAAACAUAAACAGCAGAGGGUCUUCUCUGAUUUAGCAGAAUAGAUGUGAUGAAAUAUACUCAAGUGCAUUCACAGUAGAGAGAAGGUGAUGUGGAGCACUGAGUGGUGUCCUAAGGAGGAGUGUAGUGCCCCCUAAAGUGCCAUAAAUACAAAAAAUAAGUUGGCCUCUUCAAACCUUUGGAUAGAUAAAUAGUUGGUCGCUCUUUGUGUGUAUUUAAUGGCAGAGGGGCAAAGCAUCUGUGGAAAGAUUUUUUUUUAAUCACAACGAGGGUUUGGUGCUGUUUUAAAAAAGAUAACUGUAGUGUUUACUUUCUCAGCUCACAAAGAGACAUCAGUAUUGACUUCAAUAACAAAGCCAGUUAUAAAAUCUCCUAAGUGAGCUUUUAACAAAAUGAUUGACUGUCAAUGAACAGCUUAAUCCUUAAUCCCUAAAGCCAUGAAAAACAUUUUUUGAGGACCCUUAAAAGUUAGACACAGCUUGUGGGUGUUACGUUUUACACAGCUUUGUCUUGAUUCAACUCCAAAGUUAUGCCAUCCUAUCAAACAUCUGUUAGCACCCACAUCAGCUUUGCAUUGUUACUUUAGCUGCUGUUAUGAUGCCACUUACAGCCUGUGGUUUCAGGACUUCAUAGAUUUUUAACAGUAAGACCUUCUUUAGAGACCCAAAUCUAGCUCAUUCUGCUCUUUCUUUACACAAGAGUUAUCAGUGAAGUCGUGAGCGCAAGCAGCUACGUGGUGGCUCUCUGUUUUCUGUACAUCUUUAUGAAGAGAAAAUAGAAGUGACUCUUCUUCACAACGAACCACUUAGCAACAACUUAACUUCACAAACCAAAUCAACAAAGUGCAGAUCCGAGAAAAAGAUGAGCAAGGAAAUGGGCAUUUCCAUGUGUUUCAGGUUCAUGGAAGACCUGCAGGCUGAGGUCCAGGAGAUGGAGUUCCUGCAGUUCUCUAAGGGCAUGGACACUAUGAGGAGAGAGGACUUUGCAGAGUGGCUGCUGCACUACACCAACGAAGAAGACAAUGAGAUGUACUGGGAGAACAUGAGGAAGAAGAUCCCAGCUGGACAGGUACACACACUCAGAUGGGACUGUCACUGUAUGGGUGUGGGUCCAGCUCAGCAGUUCGUGUUCAUCUGAUAUUUAGAGGCUUCUGUCUCUGCACCAGACUCUUAACCCCUGAAAUUUACAAAAGUGAGUACAUGUUAUUUUAUGCAGCUAACAGGUGAACUUUCUGUGUUUCAGAGUAUCACAUUCGAUGAGUUUAAGGCCUUCUGUCUCUUCACCAACAACCUGGAGGACUUUGCCUUUUCCAUGAAAAUGGUGUCUGAAGCCAACCGUCCUGUUGGAAUGGGUAACAACUCUUGAUUAAGUAACAUUUGACAAGUGUCUUCUUCGAGUAAAGCUAAUUUUUCCGUCUUUGACUGCAGCUCAGUUUAAGCGAGCAGUGAGGAUUGCCACGGGCCACGAUCUGUCUGAGAGCGUCCUUGACACUGUCUUCAAGCUCUUCGACAUGGACGGAGACAACCGUCUGAGCCAUAAGGAGUUCAUCGGUGUGAUGAAGGACAGGGUGCUGCGAGGCCUGAAGGUGAGUCCAUCCGUCUGAACCUUAAUGUUUCUGUGAGACUGAUUCGUCUUAAUUAAACAAACUCAAGAUCAGACCUUUUUACAGAUCCUUCAUAAAAAUGUGAGAAAAUCCAGAUAAUUGAUUUGUUAAAGGUUAAGCCCACAAAAUUUCUUGACACUUCAAUGUCAACAGUGAUGUAAAAAUCCUGUCCAGCUUUUCAAAACAGUCAUCUAGUCCUUUUUCUUUCUUUCUAAGGUAGUUUAAGCAGCAUAUUACAAUAAAGCACUGGUCAGUGCUGACCAGGGCCUGAGAUAGUACAGCAUUUAGGCUGAGGAGGCUACCUCUGACAUCAAUAACCCCACAUAGGUGACAAAUGCUGCAAGUUCAAGGCCGUACAACAUACUAAAAAAAAGUUCUGAAUCUGAGGAUGAAAUGCUGAUAAAGAUGGAAAUUUGAUAUCCACUCAAAUCUGCGGUGCUGUGACUUUUUGAUAACCCUGUUUCACCUCCAGGUGCAGCCGCAGACCGGAAUUUCUGGAUACUGGAAAUGUGUGAAGAGAGAGACCCUGAAGGGAGCUCGGGAGGCCCUGGGAGACACCGGGUGCCCCAUCUGAACCCCAGAGAUUAUCUGUGAUUCGUCUGAUUGACGAUCAAUCAAACCACUGCCUGUUUUGUUUAAUAAUCACAAAAAAUGCUUUGAAAAAGAUUUGAGAUGUAACCACAUGUACAUAAAGAGGAUUUAUACCACUAUCUUUAUAAACCACGUGUUUGCUUAUAUAAGAAUGUGAUCUUUUGGUAUUAGUGUCAUAGCUGUAGGCUGUUGGGUAAUGGUGUUUGGUAUAUUAUCAAAUCAUGUAUUUUAUAUUCAGAAUAAAGACAAUCAAUCAAUCAACUUUAUUUGUAUAGCAC